AUGCCGAGACUUCCACGUGAGAUUCUGGACAUGAUUAUUGACUUCGUGAAGCCCGAUCCUUUACGAGCAAAAGCAAUGGCGAACUCGAUGUGCUUCGUUGACGAUAGUCCAACGAACCUACUUUGGCGAUCUAUGUUUAAAGAUGAGAAAUGGUUUCAAAAAGCAACCGAGCUUGAAGCCGAGCCCGUCCUGAUUGGGGCUAACCUAGGUGAUGUUAUCGCCAGUAAACCGGGGAAGAAAAAGCCGGCCUAUAUCAUCUUGUAUCCAAAUGAUAACACGGGUGAUCUGUUUUGGGAGGGAAUCGAUUUUCUACGCCAAAGUCUACGUAACGGUCACCGCUAUGACAGGGAGCACCAUGAGGUGAUUUUCUCCGCCAUGGGAUGGAGGAACGCAAGCGGAGAGAAAAUCAAACUGCCUAAGAUUGUUCUGAAUGUACGGGCUAUUGUGCUGGCCGAUGAAUUUCUGUAUCUCGAAGCGAAAAAAGCUCGACGAUUGAUUGCCAACGGUAAUCAUCAAACAAGCUUUUGCUUUCUGAGAGGCCCAAAAAUCCAGAGCUUGAAGAGUUGUGAUAUUUUUGGCAUCGGAGGCGCCAUAUCCAGCAAAGACGACCUAACGCCAGUUUGUACACUGAACCUUCAGGGAACAAUCAAGAAAUGGCAAGUGACUAUAUAUGGUCCUAGUCGUCGCAACUUUAUUCCAUUGCACGAAGAAGGAAAGGAGGGGGUAAUGAGAUACCAUAUAAUCGGAUGGGAAUACGGAGAACUUUCCCCAUUCCGCUUCAAUUUCAGGGAAUAA